AUGGAUCACUCCCUGUUUGGGUGCCUCCGUAGCCCCCACGCCCCGGCCCAGGGCCUGCACCCCCACCCUGCCUUUACCCAGUCCCCGAUGGUGCUGCACGGGCGCUCCGACCACAUCUCCUACCCCAACCUACCCGGCUCCUCUCCCCCCUGUGGGGGGUACCCUGGACCCGGGGAGGAGGAGGCGUACGGAGGGCAGCAACACCACCAUCGUGGAGGACACCUCCAUCAGCACCAGCAGCACCCCCACCCCCACCACCCACAGCACCAGACCCACCAGAUCCCCUGGCAUCUCCCCCAGAUUCCCUCACCCAACACCAGGCAUGGCCUCUGCCUGCCUCCUCCGGACAGCCAAGUCUCGGAACUGUGUUGUGGGGGGUCCCAAAAUCUGUGUGGCUCCAACACCAACCCUGGUCUGGGAGGUAGUAGUGUCCCCACAGGUGUUUCCUGUGUCCCUGGGGACUUUGGACGACAGACGAUGUCCCCGGACGAGACAGAACAGAGACGGAACAGUAAAGGGAAAGAUGAUUUGCACAGCUCAGGUAAGAUGAGGACAAUGAGGACAUCUCCUCUUCUCUUCUCUUAGCUUUGAGUUUAGUCUCAAAGUCUUGGUGGUUUCUUUCAAAACUCACUGAGGAGUUUUCAUCCCAUAGUAAGGGAGUAUAAUGAUUUGAAGGGUUUGGUUUGUCCAUUCUCAUAUUGGGAUCUCAGCAUCUCUGUGUAAGCAGACAAAGUCCACAGAUGUUGAAACAACGGAGAACAGUUUGUGAUACAGUAAUAAAACAUCUAUUUGUUGCAUUUUUAUUAAUAGGCUAAUGUUUUCAUGAUUACUGAACGCGCUGUAGUCUUCUGCGUCAAUGGUCCUAAAUUUGAGAACCUCAUGAGAAGUUAUGCAAUGACAAAAGAGUUCAGCGCAUACUAUUUAGUUUGAAAGUAAAUUCUUAAUUUUAACCUCACUUACUAGUAGGCUUAUUAUUUCAGCAUUUGGGCCUUGUUUUUACAGUAGUUGCCCAGAUAAUAUUGAGGGCUAUAUGUCAUUACUUUUGUGGUAUAAACAUUCAACUUCAAGUUUAUUUGAAACAGACUUAGUUCUGAUGAUUCAAACUGAUUCAAACUGAUGUCUUAUUUGAUUACCAACUGCUCGAUGCUCAUAGUUCAAAGUUUUCUUAAUUGUCUACUUGCAAAUGUAAUUUAUUAAUUUCAAUUACUAGCUACUGCACAAAAGUUAGCUGUAAUUUAACAUUUAACUGUACUAACAUACUGGGAAGACAUUUCAGUAUUAUAAGACCUUAUGUUAUAGGUUCUUUAAAGAUCUUAAAUUAUCUUGAUACAUUGAUUGUUUCAUAUUAGUUUAUCUGUACUGUUUUUCAUACUGUAUUGACAUUCAUUCAUAUCUGGAAUUUAUGUUUACAAUUUAACGAGGUAGAAUUAGGCUAACUUUAUUUUCUAAUUAAUAUUUAAAAUAAAUGCAGUCAAGCUCUUCUUAGAAACAACGUCUUAUUGUGUGAAACACUGGGCAGCAAGGCCGUAAACUUAAAAUAUGAUCAUGUACUUAAUUUCACUUAAAUGCAAUUAAUACAAUUAUUCUCACACCAUCAUUUAGUUUCCUUUUCAGUAAAACAACAGAUAUUAAAUGAAUUAAUCUAUUAAUCUACUUUGGAAGCAAAAUAAUAAUCAAAAUUCAAUCAAACCAUUGGAGUAAAAAAGGUUAAAUUAUCUCUAGAAAUGCUAAGGUCAAUAGUCAUACUAUUCUGUUGACAAUCUUAUAUAAAGACAUGAGCAAGUGAGAUACAUUACAGAUUUGCAUUCAUCUUCUGUUAUGUGAUGCAUUAGAUCCAUCGCCUUUCCAUCUCCAUUUGUCUCAACAACACAUAUUAAGAUACUCUCUCAGUGAUACUGUAAUCAGGGAGUUGAUUUACCUCUGUCAUUUGGAAUAUUUACAUAGAUAGAUUGUCUCACUUUCUACCUCAAUCUACCAUUCUCAUUAGACUAUUGACCUGUUUCCUGUUUAACAUUCUUCAAUCUCAACCCCCUCAAACCAAUUGUAUAGUUAUAGCCUGGUACAGCUUUUCUUUGUCUCUCUCUUCAGGCUCCCAGGGAUAAUCAACAGUGACAUUUUUCUCCAGGGUAUUAAUGGCCUACAGGUGUGAUUUCUGUGAAGCUGCCUUUGAAACUGUUACAACGACCACACCUGGGCUUUUUGAUAGGCUUAAACCUAUAUAGUAUUUAUGGCUGUAGAACAUAUGUACCUACAGCAUUAGCCACAACAGCUGUGUGCAAAAGCAGGCUUUUAAUAAUAAUAAUGGGGAUGGAGAAUUCAUCCAUACUACUUCUGGAUAUCACUGUUGGUCAGCCGCAAUAUGGAUGAUAGAAUGGAAUGGAACGGAAUGGAAUGGAAUGGAAUAGAAUAUAACUUUAUUGCCCAUUAGAGACAGAAAUUCUUAUUUUUGUGUAGUGAAGAGUUACAUAAUAAAAAAAGGUGUAUAGUUAGGUCCAAUUUCCCCAUUUGUUAAACAUCUAUUUUGAGAUGAGCACAGUCAGUGGCACGUGUAAGUGUGUACAUAAGUCAGUGAUAUAAUUUUACACACUGUCCACCCAACGACUGUGUUGCCUUUGAGAACGCUGAGGUUGUAAGGGACAAACUGAUCUGUACCCCGGGUGGAGUCUCAAAAUGGCCGAUGGCUAAAUGCGUUGGACUCGUCAUGCAGGGCACCGCACCAGACCUAAUAUGGCUGUAUAUGGCUGUAGCCAUCAUUAUCAGCAGACACCAUAAUAAUGCAAGCUCCAUCCAUAUAAGAGCUGGGGACUAGACACAUCAGGUCCUUAAUAAGUUACUAGCCCAGUGGCUGGACUUCCUGGCGGCUACAUGUAUGCAAACACAAGGGCUGAUUCAGGACAUCAGUGUAGGGUCACGACAAGAGGACUGCUCUCCAUAUCCAGAAGCCAUUUCACUGUCACCAGCUUCCAGUGGCGUCGUGCUCCGACACAUUUUAUUGGGGCACUGAUAGGAUAGGCAAAUUUGAUUUGCAUUCGUGUAUCGUUCUCCCAGCAGGCACAAGUGCUGUUUACAUAUACAUUUUAGUCAUUUAGCAGACGCUCUUAUCCAGAGCGACUUACAGUUUAGUGAGUGCAUUCAUUUUCAUACUGCCCCCCCGUGGGAAACAAACCCACAACCCUAGCGUUGCAAGCGCCAUGCUCUACCAACUGAGCUACAGGGGACUGUUGUGCCCAGUAGUUAAUUUUCCUCCUUCACUUUCCAUCUCUCAGGUCAGUUUUACACCAGGCUGCAAUUCUGAUUGACAGGUAGUAGAAGUCUGAAGCAUAACCCAGGAGCUGCCAUGGACAUGUAGAACACCUCUAACACAAAUCACAAGGCAACGUGAUCUUUAUUUACACUACCAGUCAAAAGUUUGGACACACCUACUCAUUCAAGGGUUGUUCUUUAUUUUUAAAAAUUUUUACAUUGUAGAAUAAUAGUGAAGACAUCAAAACUAUGAAAUAACACAUAUGGAAUCAUGUAGUAACCAAAAAAGUGUUAAACAAAUCAAAAUAUAUUUUAUAUUUGAGAUUCUUCAAAUAGCCACCCUUUGCCUUGACGACAGCUUUGUACACUCUUGGCAUUCUCUCAACCAGCAUCAUGAGGUUGUCACCUGGAAUGCAUUUCAAUUAACAGGUGUGUCUUGUUAAAAGUUAAUAUGUGGAAUUUCUUUCCUUCUUAAUGUGUUUGAGCCAAUCAGUUGUGUUGUGACAAGGGAGGGGGGUAUACAGAAGAUAGCCCUCAAAUAAGCAAAGAGAAACGACAGUCCAUCAUUACUUUAAGACAUGAAGGUCAGUCAAUGCGGAACAUUUCAAGAACUUUGAAAGUAUCUUCAAGUGCAGUCUCAAAAACCAUCAAGCGCUAUGAUGAAACUGGCUCUCAUGAGGACCACCACAGGAAUGGAAGACCCAGAGUUACCUCUGCUGCAGAGGAUAAGUUAGUUACAGUUACCAGCCUCAGAAAUUGCAGCCCAAAUAAAUGCUUCACAGAGUUCAAGUCACAGACAUAUCUCAACAUAAACUGCUCAGAGGGGUCUGUGUGAAUCAGGCCAUCAUGGUCGAAUUGCUGCAUAGAAACCACUACUAAAGGACACCAAUAAUAAGAAGAGAUCUGCUUGGGCCAAAAAACCCGAGCAAUGGACAUUAGACCGGUGGAAAUGUGUCCUUUGGUCUGGUCCAAAUUUGAGAUUUUUGGCUCCAACCGCCGUGUCUUUGUGAGACGCAGUAUGGGUGAACGGAUGAUCUCCGCAUGUAUAGUUCCCACCAUAAAGCAUGGAGGAGGAGGUGUUAUGGUGUGGGGGUGCUUUGCUGGUGACACUGUCUGUGAUUUAUUUAGAAUUCAAGGCACUCUUAACCAGCAUGGCUACCACAGCAUUCUGCAGCGAUACGCCAUCCCAUCUGGUUUGGGCUUACUGGGACUAUCAUUUGUUUUUCAACAGGACAAUGACCCAACACACCUCCGGGCUGUGUAAGGGCUAUUUUACCAAGAAGGAGAGUAAUGGAGUGCUACAUCAGAUGACCUGGCCUCCACAAUCCCCCGACCUCAACCCAAUUUAGAUGGUUUGGGAUGAGUCGGACCGCAGAGUGAAGGAAAAGCAGCCAACAAAUCAAAUCAAAUCAAAUUUUAUUGGCCACAUGCACCGAAUACAACAGGUGCAGACAUUACAGUGAAAUGCUUACUUACAGCCCUUAACCAACAGUGCAUUUCUUUUUAAUAAAAAAGUAAAAUAAAACAACAACCAAAAAGUGUAAAAAAAAAAAGAGCAGAAGUAAAAUAAAAUAACAGUAGGGAGGCUAUAUAUACAGGGGGGUACCGGUGCAGAGUCAAUGUGCGGGGGCACCGGCUACUUGAGGUAGUUGAAGUAAUAUGUACAUGUGGGUAGAGUUAAAGUGACUAUGCAUAAAUAAUUAACAGAGUAGCAGAAGCGUAAAAAGAUGGGGUGGGGGGUGGGAGUGGGGGGGCAGUGCAAAUAGUCUGGGUAGCCAUGAUUAGCUGUUCAGGACUCUUAUGGCUUGGAGGUAGAAGCUGUUGAGAAGUCUUUUGGACCUAGACUUGGCACUCCGGUACCGCUUGCCGUGCGGUAGCAGAGAGAACAGUCUAUGACUAGCGUGGCUGGAGUCUUUGACAAUUUUGAGGGCCUUCCUCCUAUACCGCCUGGUAUAGAGGUCCUGGAUGGCAGGAAGUCUAUUGUUCAACAAGUGCUCAGCAUAUGUGGGAACUCCUUCAAGACUGUUGGAAAAGCAUUCCAGGUGAAGCUGGUUGAGAGAAUGCCAAGAGUGUGCAAGCUGUCAUCAAGGCAAAGGGUGGCUAUUUGAAGAAUCUCAAAUAUAAAAUAUAUUUUGAUUUGUUUAACGCUUUUUUUGGUUUUUCAUGAUUCCAUUUGUGUUAUUUCAUAGAUUUGAUUAUUCUACAAUAUAGAAAAUAGUAAAAAUAAAGAAAAACUCUUGAAUGAGUAGGUGUGUCCAAACUUUUGACUGGUACUGUAUGUUCCUAUUUCUGAUGAGGUAACGGUAUAACAAUGCUGUGGCAACAUAAUAUAAUAAUAGUUAAAAUUCACCUUGAUAAAUAACAAAGAAUGCAAAACAAAAGUUUAAAAUGUAUUGUAAAUUAAGUUUGGAGGAAUAUUGAAGGAGUAUUGCAAUAUAUUGUAUGGUAUAAACCAUUAAACAAUUGUUUCAAAUUAAAUAUAAUCCCCAAACUGUGUGAAAGACAAUUUGUUUGAAGAACUUAUUUCCAGAAACUUCUUUGUCCCAUAUUCUGUUUUUAUAAGUGGAGGUGCCAUGAAUCGAGGGGACGAGCUGUGCUGUGCCUGUGUGAUGUGGCAGAGAGACAGACUCUUUCCUGGCACUAUUUGGUCAGCACUUCCAACAUUUACAGUUGAACUAAGAGAAUGUCAGCUGGUUUUGUGUUGCGCUGACUAAAGAACAGCACGUAAAUUACAACACAACGCAUUUGACGCCCUGAAGUGUGAUGUUUAGAGAAAUCUAUUGAUAUUCACCCAAUUUGAAGCCACAUCUAAAAGGGAACAAAUAUUUUAAAGGAUUUCAUUAAUGUACCCUUUUCAGAAUCCAUUUGCGCAAUCUGGAUUAAAUUCAGACAAUUGGAUCAAAAGGAAUUACAAUCUGGAUUAAAUACAGACAAUUGGAUCAAAAGGAAUUACAAUCUGGAAAGUAUUUCUAAAGUUUACUUAACUUCAAUCAAAUACACAACAAAUCACACACAUCAAACUCUUACCCCUGUCAUCUUUAGCCAUGUAGAGUGGUCUGGUGUAAGUUUUCAGACCAUGCUCCAUGUUAUGUCUAGGCCCGUGGUUGGUGCUCAGCCGAUCUGUGUAUCUACUGGUCUAUUGUUCAGCCUACCAGGUGAUAGCUGGGAGGUCCACACCCUACUGUCCCACAUUAUCACAUCACAUUACCACGCCAUCACACACCCCACAUAGCAGAGGCAGCGUGAACCUAAUCUUUGGGGUCAGUGAUAGGAUGGCCAAUUUCGAUAGCACAUUAAUUUAGCAUAAAAUAAAUCAUAUCUUCUAUAUUGUCAGCGGACAACUGAGGGGGGCUAUUUCCCCCUUAGUUUCAAGGGGCUUUAGUUACACAUUAUCACAUGCAUUACUACCUCAGACAUUACCACAUACAUUACCCCUUCACAUUUCCCCACACCUGACGGACCUCAGCUUCACCUACCCUCAGUUCCACCAGAGAUGAGCUCUUGGAAUCACUUUUGUCUUUGAACAAUAGAGCUACAGUGUUGAGUUGGCUAGCCUCAAAUAUUACCCCUCCCUUUGGAUGAAACUUCUAUUUAAAAGAGGUGAUAAAGUAUUGGAGAGAGGCCGAGACAAUUCCACCAACUACAAAUUAUUGUUAUAGGACAUAUUCUUUGUGUCUCCUAGGUUUCAAAGAAAUUAGGCUAUAGUAAAUUGAUUUGUGAAAUGUUCACAUACAGUAAGAAGGUGUUACAACUUAGUGGUAUUUGAGAGAUAUCAGUCUGUUUCUUUCUAUGCUCUAAGGAGCGAGUGAAGAUGAGUGAGUGAGUCUGUUUUGGAGAAUGAACAUAGGGAAGUUCUCUGAGGGAGCUGGGCUCUGGGACAGUACUCCCUGCUUGGCUCCUCUCAUGCAGCCCCUCCCCCAGUAAGACAUGAUAGUGUGCAUGACCAAUAUCCCCAUAAGAAAAGGUGAUUGGCAGCGCUAAUUGUUUAGCUCUUAGUUUGUGUUUCAGCCCUGCAGUUUAUCACACAAUCCCUUCUUUUUUUUCACCCAUUUUCCUCUCCUUUCUUUUUUGGCGACUCAACUGUAUCUGGAAAAAGUUCUGUUUUUCAUUUUAGAUUCCCAGGACGGGAGCUAUAAGUCUGACGUGAACAGCAAGCCCAGGAAGGAGAGGACAGCGUUCACCAAGGAACAGAUCCGGGAACUGGAGUCAGAGUUUGCGCACCACAACUACCUGACGAGACUGAGGCGAUACGAGAUUGCAGUCAACCUCGACCUCACAGAAAGACAAGUACGUUACCUGUUGUUAUGUGGAAACAAUAAAAGCAAUAAACAUUGCAUAUGAAAAAAUGCAAUAGAAAUUGCAUGUGAAAAGUGAAAAAAAUUCUUACCUGUUGUCUUGCUAAAAAAACAAGUUAAUUAGUCAUAAUAUUGGCUUGUCAUCUAAUAGCAAAACAUGAUGCAGUUAAUUUAUCCCUUUGAUGUUCAAAUAAAUCAGAAAAUUGGCAGAUCAUGUGUGAACACAAUAUCCAAAGGAAUCACAGUUAAAGGAUUAAUACUGUAAUUACCCUAAUAACUCAGACAAUUGUAUUCAACAGACACAUGUAUUCAAAGACUCACAGUGAAGCUUACACUGAAAUGGCAGCUAACAGCAGUUGAUAUGGAUUCUAUUAAAAACUACACAGGCCUCAGGAUGAAAAACCCUGUAUGUUUUGACAUUAGCAAACGCUUGGACAUGUCAUGCUAAUGCUCUGAAUGUAAUCGCUUCCUAACCGUUUGAUGUACAGUAUCUGUGCAGCGUGUGUGUGUGUGUGUGUGUUUGUGUUGCCAGUGCCCCUGGUCUGGCUGUGUGAGUGUGUUGCCUGCACUGCUGGUCUGUCUGUCUGUGGGUGUGCAGGGACUGUCUGAUGGCAUGUGUCAGAGACCAGAUGUUUCUCUAAUUCCCUUCAGACACCAAUAGGAAAUACACUGGACUUUCAAAGACAGAUUCCCGUACAGUAUGCUCAAUGGAGAAAAUCCAUUCAAAGUGUUCUAGAAGUCUUGGAGUAUAAAGGCUUAAUCUGCCCUUAAUGUAUGGCAGUGUAAAAGCUGCUUAUUCUAUGCUAUAUUUUAGAUGAAAAGAGGGAAACUUUUAAUCAAAACACCUUUUUUUAAUGAUUAAUUUACACCUAAUCUGCCUUGAUCUAAAAAGCUUGCCUGCAUAAAACUAUUUGUGGCGAUGCGUUCAACCAAAUUAACCUACACACUCAGCACACCCAUAAGUGCUUUUGGAACUCAUCAUCUGUUGUAUAAGUCCAACCAGAGUGUCUUGGCUGCAGCCAGGCCAGGCCCAGGCAUCCAGGCAACAACCCACCCAGGAGUUAGGCCCUUCCUGCUAGGAGCCCCAUCCCACACCAACCCUCCCCACUCCUACUCAUAUUGGCUGCCUCUCCUCUCCUCUCUUCUCCACACAUUCCCAAUACAGGGCCUAUAAAUCUGGACGUGUGUGGGGGUUAAUCCUGUUUGUAAGUGUGUGUAUGCGUGUGUGUGUGUACGUGUGUAUGUGUGUGUGUGUGAGGGUUGACCCUGGCUGUUAAACCCAGUCUAACAUCCUUCUGACUAUUAUCUUACAGUGCAGCUUCUACCUCCCUGAUCCUGCUAUUAACUACUGUAUAGCUUUACUAACAAUGAGUGUACAAUCGGGCCUCAGCCCUCAUACCCCUGGAGGUCUUGUCUCGCAACUGAACCCUGUGAAUGUGUGGGUGUGUGGUUGGGUGUAUGUGUGUGUAACAACCGUCUCAGGUAACAACUUACAAAUUACUGAUUGCACAAUUAGGACUACACCCAAGGGCAUAUUCAGUCGUGGUCAAAAGUUUUGAGAAUGACACAAGUAUUGGUCUUCACAACGUCUGCUGCUUCAGUGUUUUUAGACAUUUUUGUCAGAUGUUACUAUGGUAUACUGAAGUAUAAUUACAAGCAUUCCAUAAGGGUCAAAGGCUUUUAUUGACAAUUACAUUAAGUUUAUGCAAAGAGUCAAUAUUUGCGGUGUUAACCCUUCUUUUUCAAGACCUCUGCAAUCCGCCCUGGCAUGCUGUCAAUUAACUUCUGGGCCACAUCCUGACUGAUGGCAGCCCAUUCUUGCAUAAUCAAUGCUUGGAGUUUGUCAGAAUUUGUGGGUUUUUGUUUGUCCACCCGCCUCUUGAGGAUUGACCACAAGUUCUCAAUGGGAUUAAGGCCUGGGGAGUUUCCUGGCCAUGGACCCAAAAUGUUGAUGUUUUGUUUCCCGAGCCACUUAGUUAUCACUUUUGCCUUAUGGCAAGGUGCUCCAUCAUGCUGGAAACGGCAUUGUUCGUCACCAAACUGUUCUUGGAUGGUUGGGAGAAGUUGCUCUCGGAGGACGUGUUGGGACCAUUCUUUAUUCAUGGCUGUGUUCUUAGGCAAAAUUGUGGGUGAGCCCACUCCCUUGGCUGAGAAGCAACCCCACACAUGAAUAGUCUCAGGAUGCAUUACUGUUAGCAUGACACAGGACUGAUGGUAGCGCUCACCUUGUCUUCUCCAGACAAGCUUUUUUCCGGAUGCCCCAAACAAUCGGAAAGGGGAUUCAUCAGAGAAAAUGACUUUACCCCAGUCCUCAGCAGUCCAAUCCCUGUACCUUUUGCAGAAUAUCAGUCUGUCCCUGAUGUUUUUCCUGGAGAGAAGUGGCUUCCUCGCUGCCCUUCUUGACACCAGGCCAUCCUCCAAAAGUCUUUGUCUCACUGUGCGUGCAGAUGCACUCACACCUGCCUGCUGCCAUUCCUGAGCAAGCUCUGCACUGGUGGUGCCCCGGUCCUGGCGCUUGCUGGACUUUCUUGGGCACCCUGAAGCCUUCUUCACAACAAUUUAACCUCUCCUUGAAGUUCUUGAUGAUCCGAUAAAUGGUUGAUUUAGGUGCAUCUUACUAGCAGCAAUAUCCUUGCCUGUGAAGCCCUUUUUGUGCAAAGCAAUGAUGACGGCACGUGUUUCCUUGCAGGUAACCAUGGUUAACAGAGGAAGAACAAUGAUUUCAAGCACCACCCUCCUUUUAAAGCUUCCAGUCUGUUAUCCUAACUCAAUCAGCAUGACAGAGUGAUCUCCAGCCUUGUCCUCGUCAACACUCUCACCUGUGUUAACGAGAGAAUCACUGACAUGAUGUCAGCUGGUCCUUUUGUGGCAGGGCUGAAAUGCAGUGGAAAAGUUUUUUGGGAUUAAGUUAAUUUUCAUGGCAAAGAGGGACUGUGCAAUUAAUUGCAAUUCAUCUGAUCACUCUUCAUAACAUUCUGGAGUAUAUGCAAAUUGCCAUCAUAAAAACUGAGGCAGCAGACUUUGUGAAAAUUAAUAUUUGUGUAAUUCUCAAAACUUUUGACCACGACUGUACAGUGGCAGAAGAUUUUGUGUGUGUGUGUGUAACAACAAUUUACAGAGGACUUUAACGAGGCGGUUGACGCUUAUAAGCCUGUUUAUUAGAAAAUGAGCCACACAUGCGUGUGUUUACUCUGUAAACUUAACUCCUGUCUUCGGCCUGUGAGUGGCAGGCUACAAUGCCUAAAAUAAAUCCUACAGGAGAGCAUAGGGUUCCUGUGAGAAAGCAGGUCGCUUGGAGGGUGGAUAAGAGGGGGGGGGGGGGGGGGGGGGGGGGGGGUGUAGGGGCGUCAGUGGGGGGUGGGGGAUGGAUGACAUGAGGGCAGUAGGGGGCGUGAUGGGGGAUGGGAGAAGGGGGGGGGGGGGGUGGGGGUUGGGGUGCUUCGCUCGGUCCCGAUCCGAUCGGGCCGUUUUAGGCAGCAGCUUAAUCAUCACAAAGAGGAGCCGCAAAUACUGAAGGAUCUGUGGAGUCAGGAACAGGAUCCGAGGCAGGAUCAGCACAUACCUGGCUAUGUCGAAAUAAGACGCCCCAACAGCCAACACUAACCACAGUCCAACGUGGCCGCCAGUCGCCUGCUCAGUUCACUGUCACCCAGCGUUAUACAUACACUGUUAACAGUACACCAUGGGCUUACUAUAGAUAUAGGAUCUUAAUUUGAGCCAGUUUGCUACAGCUUGACAAUAAUCCUGCAGCAACAGGAAAUGUGAAUUAUUAUGUGGAUUCUAAUUAAUGGAAUUUUUUUGUAGGGGUUGAUAACAAUUUUGUUACUGCAAAUCAAGUCUGAAAUGACAAAAUGUUGAAGCCUUUUUAUACCUUGAAUACACUACAAGUUUUUCCUGCUGUGUGGGAAAAUUCUCAGCAAUAAAAGAGUGAUCAAAUUAAGAUCUGUAUCUCCGAGCGCUACCUACACCGCACACAGUGAGGUCAAAAUAACCCAAAGUACCCCGUCGACGACGGCAGGGGAUCCCAGACUCAACUGGCAUGCGACUGCGAAUAAUGAUCUUCUAGAUAAUGAUUUGGCUAUCGGCAGCCAGCUCUGGUAGAUGAGGUGUCGCUCGGGGUUUACAUAAGAUCAUGUCGUGUGAAGAGGGAGGUGGGGGAGCAAGGUGGGGGAGCUAGAGCGGGUGUGUGGGGGGGAACUGGUGUGUCGGGAGGAGUGUGUGUGUGUGUGUGUGAAAAGAGAGGUGGGGGAGCUGGGUUGCAUACUCCUGUGGUGUGUGUGUGUGCAUGUGCUCUGCUGCGCUGGCAGAGGUCUGUUUCACUGAGGCCGUAAAUCUCUCAGUCACAUUCACUGAUAAAAGGAGGGUUCACACGAACAGAUUCAGGACAUUGAGUUUCCUGACGCACAGGGGGAUGUCAGGGUUUUACUGAGGAGGGACGGGGGGAAGAGGUGGGAGGAUGCUAGGUUUUACAGACGGGUCUACAUGCCAAGAACUCAGUCUCCAGAACCCCACAACCAACGCAUCCACAAUGGCAUCGAGUUACCUCAGACCCUCACACUCCAUAUACACCCCAUUUCCACUCGCUCACAACAAGGCCUGAAGACUCCAGUUAAACUUUGUGCAAUUAAAAGUUGUUGAUGUUUUCUUAAUGUGGUUAUAAUUACACAAAAUACAUUUUCUAAAACCUUGGCUAAUAUUGCCCUUGUUAUUGAGAAGGGCUAUGAUCCACUCACCUUCCUGCAAACGAUCCAAGUGUCAAACUCCAGUCCUUGGGAGCCGCAGCAUCUGCAUGUUUUCAUUCCUCCCUAGGAGUGUCUAAAUCAGACAACAAAGGAAAGAGCUGAAAUUAGCAGUCUCUGUGGUCCACCAGGUAUUGAGUUGGACCCCCCUGCCGUAUAACUUCCACAAUAUUUCCCUGUAAACUCAUUGCUCUCCUCUCCUCCAGGUGAAGGUGUGGUUCCAGAACAGGAGGAUGAAGUGGAAGCGUGUUAAAGGAGGUCAGCAGGGGGCAGCGGCCCUGGAAAAAGAACUUGUCAACGUGAAGAAGGGAACGCUGUUGCCGUCAGAGUACUGUGGCAUGGUGGGAGGAUUACACCACUCCUCCAGUUCCCCUGGUAAUGAGGACAGUCACGACAGCGACCAGAGCUCCGAGCACGCCCAGUUAUGA